AAAGUAACAGUCUGUUUCCAUUUUAACCGUCCUUUCCUUUUUCCCAAUGGCCAAACAAAGCAGCCUCAAAUUCUUUCUCACUGAUUUUCUCUUACAAAUAUUUAUAGAUAUAAAUAAAGAAAUGCAGCAACAAAUCUGAUCAUCGUCAUCAACCUCCCAAAACCAUCCCUUUCAAUUUUGUUCCCUUCUCGCUUCGAUCUCUUUCUCAAAUUCAAUACGAUUUGGAUCCCCGAAGGAAAAAAACCCCAAUCAUCAUUUUCAGGAUCUUUGAAUUUUUUUUGUUUUGUCUUUUUUUUUUGUCAAAUCCGGUUCAAUUUUAUUGAAUCGGUUUUUUUUUUUGAUCGGUAAAACAAAACGGAAUUGAGGGGUGGGGGAUGGAAAGAUUGGUAAAUAAUUGUAAAUCAAAGAGAGUUUGAGAAAUCAAAGGAUGCCAGGAUUAGCGCAAAGAAAUGAGCAAUAUAGUAAUGCCUCAAUUGGGUUUUGGUCUAAGCAUAGCGAUGAUGUUAGCUACAAUCAACUCCAGAAGUUCUGGAGUGAGCUUUCAUUCCAAGCUCGGCAGGAUCUUCUUAGAAUUGAUAAACAAACCCUCUUUGAGCAAGCUCGCAAGAACAUGUAUUGCUCCAGAUGUAAUGGGCUACUGCUUGAAGGUUUUUUGCAGAUUGUCAUGUAUGGAAAAUCCUUGCAGCAGGAAAUGGUAGCUGGUAGCCUUCAUUACAACAGGUUAGGAGUUUCAAAAAACCAGAGUGAUGGUGGAUUGAGUAUGAUGAAUGGGUCACAAGAUGAAAUUCAAGAUCCAUCUGUCCACCCUUGGGGAGGUUUGACCACUACUCGUGAUGGGUCACUGACACUUCUUGACUGCUAUAUGUGCUCGAAGUCACUCAAGGGUUUCCAAGAUGUGUUUGACAGUGCACGUGCAAGGGAGCGUGAGCGUGAAUUGCUUUAUCCUGAUGCUUGUGGUGGGGGAGGUCGGGGUUGGAUAAGCCAUGGAAUUGCCGGUUAUGGAAGAGGACAUGGAACUAGAGAAACUUGUGCUUUGCACACUGCCAGGCUUUCUUGUGACACGUUGGUGGAUUUCUGGUCAGCUCUUGGAGAAGAAACUCGGCAGUCUCUUCUAAGAAUGAAAGAAGAGGAUUUCAUUGAGAGGCUUAUGUACAGGUUUGACAGCAAAAGAUUUUGCAGAGAUUGCAGAAGAAACGUUAUCCGUGAAUUCAAGGAGCUGAAGGAGCUCAAACGCAUGCGUAGAGAAACACGAUGCACUAGUUGGUUUUGUGUUGCAGAUACAGCCUUUCUAUAUGAGGUAUCUGAUGGUGCAGUGCAGGCUGAUUGGCGCCAAACUUUUGCUGACACUAUUGGAACUUACCACCACUUUGAAUGGGCAGUUGGAACUGGGGAAGGAAAAUCAGAUAUUAUGGAAUUUGAAAAUGUUGGCAUCAAUGGGAGUGCUCAAGUCAAUGGCUUGGAUCUUGAUGGCUUGAGUUCAUGUUAUAUCACCCUGAGGCCCUGGAAAUUGGAUGGCCGCUGCUCUGAGCUUUCUGUAAAAGCCCAUGCAUUAAAGGGCCAACAAUGUGUGCAUUGCAGACUUGUAGUUGGGGAUGGUUAUGUUACAAUCACAAGGGGUGAAAGUAUUAGAAGGUUUUUUGAGCAUGCUGAAGAUGCCGAGGAAGAAGAGGAUGAUGAUUCCAUGGACAAGGAUGGAAAUGAGCUUGAUGGAGAAUGCUCUCGUCCCCAAAAGCAUGCAAAGAGUCCUGAACUUGCUCGAGAGUUUCUUCUUGAUGCGGCGACUGUUAUUUUCAAGGAACAGGUUGAAAAGGCUUUUAGGGAAGGAACAGCACGCCAGAAUGCACACAGUAUCUUUGUUUGUCUUGCACUAAAGCUGCUGGAAGAACGUGUUCAUGUUGCAUUCAAGGAAAUUAUUACGUUAGAAAAGCAGAUGAAGCUUCUUGAAGAAGAAGAAAAGGAAAAGCGUGAAGAAGAAGAACGCAAGGAGAGGAAAAGAACAAAAGAACGAGAGAAAAAGCUCAGGAGAAAGGAGAGAUUGAAAGGAAAAGAAAGAGAGAAAGAAAAAAAUUGUUCUGAAAGUAUUACUCCUGUUGCUCCUGUUGUCUCAAAGGAAGAAUCUUCACUAACUAUUGAGGUUGAAGAACAUACUUCUAUUAAUUGCAGAGAUUCUGUUAGUGACUCAGGUGAUAUUAUUGUGUCUAGACCUGGCUCUCCAGAUGCUCAAGGAGAACAGUUUUUAGAUGCGCAUUCCACUUCUAGAUUGCAAGAUCACUCUUUUGAUGGUCCUGAUGGAGAAGGUACAAAGGUAAAAGAUGGAAAUGUAUCUUUUACAAUGGAGCAAUCAAUUUCUCGUCGGAGAUUGAAAUUUUGCAAGGUUGGUCAAUUUGAUCCAUCCAUGAAAUGGUGUGAUCGACGGUUUGCUGUUGUUUCAGAAAGUGUUCCUGUCAAUAGAUCUGAGCCAAGAUCUCAAAGUGAAUACUCUGAGGCUCCUUCCAGGGGCAUCAAUGGAUUAAAUAGGCCAUUAAGGAUAAGCAGUGCAAAGUCCAAUGGUUGGAAUUGUGGUGUUAAGUAUAAUGAGAAGUUUCAGUGUUCCAAUAGCCGGAGUGACAGAUAUGACUUCUACUCUUGCAGCUGUGGCCAACACAACGAAUACAGAGCCAAGAUUGAGCCGCAUGUUUCUGCAACUAGAGUAGGUCGACAUCUGCUCGCAGAAUCUGCAUUGGAUAUGUCCAAGCAAGUCUAUCGUGGUAACAAGUAUAAUCGACAAGAUUACAUGCGUGAAGAUUGUGGAAGAUUGAGAAAUAAAAUUAUUGCAGGAAACAAUCCUUCUGCUCGAGAUUCAUUUCACUCCAAGAAAGUUUGGGAGCCCACAGAAGCCCAAAAAAAGUACCCCCGGAGCAAUUCUGAUACAAAUAUUACUUUGAGGUCAUCAACUUACAAUGAAGGGGCCGGAUCUAGUGAUAACUUUGUUAAGUCAUCUGAUGAGGCAUGCUCAAGGGAAGUUAGUGUAAAUUUGGGUGAAAUUGAUCUUGAGCAUAGCAACGUUAACAAACUAAAAAACUCCAGCCUUGCAACAAAUGAGGACUGUCAUGUGGAAACUCAGGAUAAAUGCUCUUUGCUAAAUGCUGCAUAUGAGGAAGUUGGACUUUGUCCUAAUAAAAAUCAUAACUUGAAUGGAAUUUCUCAUUCUAUGAUGAGUAGCACUUCUAAUUCUGACAACUGCUCUUCAUGCCUUAGUGAAGGAGAUAGCAAUACCUUAUCCUCAAAUCAUGGGAAUUUGGAAUCUUCAUCAACAUCAGAUUCUGAAGAUGGCAGUCAACAAUUAGAUGGGAGAGAUACUUCAGUCUGCAUUCAAAAUGGCUUCUCUGAGUGUCAGGUGAAAGUAAUGGAUAAAAUACAGGAUGUCAAUGGAGGGGUUGAUCUGGAAAGCCAGGCAUUGUUUGGACAUUCACCAGCUGAUAAAGGAAACAAAGCUCCAGGAAAUCCACUGACAAAAACUGCUGAAAAUUCUGAUAAUGGAAAACCAACUGCUGUUAUGGGUUCUCAACAUCAAGGCAUGUUUACAUCAGUGCAUAACCAACAUAUACAAUUUCCAGUGUAUCAAGCUCCUUCAACCAUGGGUUACUACCAUCAGAAUCCUGUUUCUUGGACAGCAACUCCAACUAAUGGAUUAAUGCAUUUCCCUCCUCCAAACCCUUAUUAUCUUUAUACUGGCCCUCUUGGCUACGGUUUAAAUGGGAACUCACCAUUAUGCAUGCCAUAUGGCACGCUGCAGCAUUUAGGCACCCCCAUGUUUAAUCCUGGUCCCGUUCCAGUUUAUCAACCAGUUUCAAAGACCAAUGGCUUGUAUGCAGAGGAGCGAUCUCAGAUUCCCAAGACUGGUACAACAAAAGAAGCUUUCACUGAAGUUAACGCAGAGAUGGUUGUUCCCGGCAGGCUGGAUGCAUCAGAACAAGGAGCAAAUGAAGAAGGUAGGCCAAAUGAUGUCUCUGCCAAAUCACACAUGGAUGACACUAGCUUUUCCUUGUUCCAUUUUGGUGGGCCUGUGGCUCUUUCAACAGGUUGCAAAUCUAAUCCUGUCCCUUUGAAAGAUGAGAUUGUGGGAGAACUUUCUUCUCAAUUUUCAGCAGAUCAUGUCGAAAACGGUCAUGCUUGCAAUAAAAAAGAGACUACCAUUGAAGAGUACAACUUGUUUGCAGUGAGCAACGGCAUAAGGUUUUCAUUCUUCUAAAAUAGUAGUUGGGUAUGGGUGACUGUUUGGCAGUUCAGUCCCUACCUUGUUGCCCAGAAAAUGGAAAGUUUGAGAGUACUUUGUAAUUCGGUAUACAAUAAUCUUACUGUGAAAGAAAAUCCAAUUUUAGCUUAUAGUUUCUUUAUUAGAUUGUUUCCCAAUUUGUCUAAUUGUUUUAUUUAAUGUAGAGAAAGAAAAAAUUGGGAGAGUGCCAUAUAAUGUUUGAGGGCUUUCUGAAUGAAGUCAGUUUUUUUUUUUUAAAUUAAUGAAGCUUUGCUGGUAUGAGAUUUUGUUUUCUUGAAAUUUAUUUGGAUUUGUUAUGAUUUCAAUUUCAUUUCUUGAAUGCUAUGCUUCAGAUUCUGUCCCUGAUAGUGACUUGCAAAAUGGUAGGGCCUUCGCAUUUUCCUUUAUGUCUUCAAGUAGGAUCAGAUUGUAGAAGUCAAGAAAUAGAUUCAUUCACGAUUGGACAGGAUUGAAAUUUCUUUUGCUUCAUUAUUUUUCAUAAUGACGUGCACAAUCACAAUUUGUCUUCAUCAAUUAUUCAUAUGCUGAGCCAAAAAAAAAAAAUGUGGAAUGGGAAA